AACAGUGGGUGCAUCACUGGAAACGUGGAAAUGCGCAAGAGCCACACAGAGAAACCAGAGAGGAAAAAAAGGAUAGGAUCUAAGAAGCCAAAAGAAGAUUGGGUGGAUCUCUACCGCUGAACGAUGACAUCCAAGCGGACACUUUUCUAAAAGAAGGGGGGGAAGGUGCUGGAAAAGAGAGAGUGGCGAUAUCGGCGUCGAUGCGCGCAGCCAAAAAUGACGACGGUGGGACAGUGAUUCUCUUCCUCCUGCUCGUCAUUUUUUACAGUCACAUGCUUGGAUGCAACUCGUCUCCAAUGUAUACAGAUCACAAAGGAAGGAAUGGAAACCGACUAGUCUCCAGCACGGUGUCGAGAGCGCACGGAGCCGUUUCGCCCUGGAUGCGUCGUCCAGUCAGUAAUUACGCAGCGGUGUUAGCGUCGAAUGGAUCGCUGACGGAUCUUGAACUUUCGCACGAGAACUUACUCUGUGAGAACAGUUUUGAACAGGUCGAUGAAGCCACAGCCUUCGCGCGCGAUGAGUAAUCCACGUCGCAGCGACUGAAACCCCCCCCCCAGUAAAACCUGGACGGCGAUCGGGCGCGUUUGGAUAGGCUGACUUUGUCUUGUGCGUCGCGUAUGGAUUCGUUUGGCUGACCUGCUCGCACAUUGUUGACAUUUCAUGGCUGUAGCGUGUGGCAACAGUAGAGUGUGGCGAAAGAGGACGAUGCAAGACUAGCUUUGGGCGAAGACAGCGCACUUUUAUCGCCUUCUUUUCCGACCAGGAGCCAUUGCGCACAGGCAUUAAAGGACUGCAGCAACCCGGACUCUCUUUCUUUCUUUCUUUCUUUUUUUUUUUUUUUUAAUUUCACUGAAUCCUUUGUUGUUUCUUUCGCUGCUGUCAUCGUAGUAUGUCUGCACUUCGAAAGAAAUUUGGGGACGAUUAUCAGGUAGUGACCACCUCAUCUAGCGGGUCGGGAUUCAACCAGCCUCCCCCAGAGAAAAAGAGGAAGAGGCAGCGGUUUGUGGACAAGAACGGGCGAUGUAACGUCCAGCAUGGGAACCUGGGUGGUGAAACCAGCAGAUACCUCUCAGACUUAUUCACGACACUAGUAGACUUGAAAUGGCGCUGGAAUCUGUUUAUCUUCAUCCUCACCUACACGGUGGCUUGGCUCUUCAUGGCCUUCAUGUGGUGGUGUAUCGCCUACAUCAGAGGAGACCUCAACAAAGCCCACAAUGACAAGUACACUCCAUGUGUGGCCAAUGUCUACAACUUUCCCUCAGCCUUUCUCUUCUUCAUAGAGACCGAGGCCACUAUAGGAUAUGGUUACAGAUACAUCACAGACAAAUGCCCCGAGGGCAUCAUUCUCUUUCUGUUCCAGUCGAUCCUCGGAUCGAUCGUUGAUGCCUUUUUGAUCGGGUGCAUGUUUAUCAAGAUGUCUCAGCCCAAGAAAAGGGCCGAGACUUUGAUGUUCAGUGAACAUGCGGUCAUUUCUAUGCGGGAUGGGAAACUAACUCUCAUGUUCAGGGUCGGCAACCUGCGUAACAGCCAUAUGGUCUCUGCACAGAUCCGCUGCAAAUUGCUCAAAUCUCGGCAGACACCUGAGGGCGAGUUUCUUCCGCUGGAUCAGUUGGAGCUGGACGUGGGUUUCAGCACCGGGGCAGACCAGCUCUUUCUUGUCUCACCGCUCACCAUCUGCCAUGUGAUUGACACCAAAAGCCCCUUCUACGACCUCUCCCAGAGGUCCAUGCAAACAGAGCAGUUUGAGAUCGUGGUGAUACUAGAAGGGAUAGUAGAAACGACAGGAAUGACCUGCCAAGCCAGGACAUCUUACACUGAGGACGAGGUUUUGUGGGGACACCGCUUCUUCCCGGUGAUCUCCUUGGAGGAAGGAUUCUUUAAGGUGGACUACUCUCAGUUCCAUGCCACAUUCGAGGUGCCCACUCCUCCGUACAGCGUGAAGGAGCAGGAGGAGGCUUUGCUCCUCUCGUCGCCUCUCAUGGCCCCCUCCCUGUGCAACAGUGGGGAGAAGAACAGCUCCCUGGACUGUCUGGAGACCCUUGAGGACAAUGACAGCACCACCAAGCUGCCCACCAAGCUCCAGAAGAUCACAGGACGCGAGGGUCUGCCCAAGAAGCUGCUACGGAUGAGCUCCACCACGUCAGAGAUGACUUACAGUUUUGGAGACCUGCCCAUGAAGCUGCAGCGAAUCAGCUCUGUUCCUGGCGUCUCUGAUGAUAAGCAUGCUGGUAAAGCCUCCAAGAUCAGCUCAGAGACCAUCAGUAAGUCAGUAGCAGACUUACCUCCCAAGCUGCAGCGACUUGCUGGUGGAGGAGGGGGCAGGAUGGAUGGACACCUACCCCCGAAACUCCGAAAGAUGAAUUCAGAUCGCUUUACAUAAAGCAGUCGACGUAUUUAACUUAUGCCAUCCACCUUUCUUUCCCUAUCUGAAGUCCUUGUACUAUUCCUAAUUUAUUAAUGAACAAUAUUCUUAUAUUCAACGAAAUGUAGAAUAUGUGCACAAAUACCUUAUAUGAAGUAGGGUGAUGGAGAUGAGCACAUUUGUCCCCGGAUGUAAGUGUACAUGCUAUGACGAAAGCUCUGUGACUCUCUUUUUUUUUUUUUUUUUUUUUUUAUUUUUAGGAUGAUGUACAAUUAGCACAAUCUGGCAUGUAAGAAACAGCGCAUGUAGGACAGAAUCUCAGUCAUUUCUGGCAUGUCAUUUGUUGAUAUAAUUAUUUUACAAAACAACAAAAAAAAACAAAAAAACAAUUUCAUUGUUAAAUUGACUGACAGUGGAGAAACUGCACAAAGCCAUAUGAUUUACAACAUGGAAAUCUUACAUUACAUGGUUCUAAUUUGUGGUGGCGAAAGGCACAUACAUUUGUUUUGAGUUGAUUGCUUUUGUUGUUUAAUGUAAAAUUGUGGCAAUGUUACGUUGAUUGCAUGCUCCUCUUAUUGACUUAGCUAUACAAAGGUAAUAGACAAAGAUGUUUAGCCUUAACUAUAUUACCUUGUUUCCAUUUUCACAUUUGUCCACAGCUGUAUUUUUGGUAUUUCAUAUAUAGACUAUUUUACCAUGUACGAUUUGAUGAGUUUAUUAGUUGAUUAAAUGCAGAAUAUGUUGCACGAUGAUGCGUUUUACACUGGAAAAUGCGUCAUCGGCAUCAUAUGACCUGUCUGAACUCGGCACAAUGCUACACAAUUUUCACUUGCUUAUUAAAGUAACACUUAAGUUGAAAGAGUCAAUAUUUGUACUUGAUAAGCACAAAGCAAUCAUUAUAAAAAAUACCCUAUGAUAUUAAAAAGCAUUUACGGGCAUUCUGUCAUAAAUAUAAGUGCUUAGGGCAGCCGUCCAGUACUGUGCAGUCACUUUGUUUCAUUACAAAGUCACUUUAUUAUAUAGUAGGCCUAUGUAGAUGUAGGAGACACUCCAUUAAAAUUUCAACUUAGGUGUUACUGGUGAGAUAUAGAGGUGGGACUUUGUCUUAAGGGUCCAUAUUCUCUCUCCCCUGAGAUGAAAGCAAUAAUAUUAUAAUGACUAUAAUCUUUAUAUAGCCACAGGGUCAUCCACAGCCCUAUAUUCAUUCUGUUUACUGAAUCCAUGCCAUAAAAUCUGGUUUUCUCUUAAUGCAUCAAAGACAUUGUACGGUACUCAAUCUGUUCAGGAAUAAAGCUCUAACAUAACUGUU